GCGGGCGACCGGUGGUGGUGCGGCACCGAGCGACCGAACGAGCGACCGGUGGAGGGGCGACGGCGUACCUACCUGCCGGUCGUGGGCUCAGUCGGUGUUCGCCAGGUUGAAAAUCCGUCCGUCGGCUUCUCUUGGCCUGUUUAAACCGGCGCGUAACUGUAUACGCGAGCCGGUCGCGCAUCUGCACGCACGUUUUUCCGAAGAGAACAGACGCGCGUCGUCGGAAACACAGCCGGAGGGUGAUUUUCGCCCCCUUCGUUCUCCGAUCUCGGCUGCCGAUCGCGCGACGAUAUCUCGGACGAAGAUUUAAUCGCAAAUUCGGAAAAAAAAACGGAAAAUUUUACGCUAAAACGAGGUCUGUGUCUGGUGAGUGGAAAAGUGUAGGAGGCGUACGCACCGACGCGCUUGUAUGCGUGGCGCGUUUUUCCGUGACACGCGUCCCUCUUUCUCCCUUUUCUUUUGUGUGUGUGUUUACGUAUGGUGUAAGAUCCGUGCUGACACUGUGCAGGGAGCAACGACACGGCGAGAGUAAGAGACAGCGAUUUCAAGUUUUCCUCUCAUCGCUCCGAUUGCCUCCUUCGUGGACAUGUUUCUACUGGACCAACAACUGCGGCAUUAGACGAUACACAGGCGCACACGUGCACCAGUCAUGGCGAAAAUCACGACCUGCUGGUUCUGGUGUCUGUUGUGCGUGCUUUUACAACUUCAGGAUGUCCACUCGAAAGUUGGUUUAUGUGAAGUGGAGUCGGGACAAUCGAACAUCAUUCUUGAUAUGGAGGAAAGCAGAGGAAAUGGGAUCGAUCAGAAGACCGUGCCGGAAGAGCUUCCGGUGACCGGCGAUCCUUAUAACGAAACGAUGCUGGAACUAAUCUUCCUCGUAAAAGCGCCGAUUUUUAAAUUGAACGGCAAGAAAUUGCAGCUCCUCAAACCACUAGACAGAGACAAUGAAAAUCUGUCGCAUCUGGUUUUCCAGCUAAGCUGUACAGUCAAGUCAUCUAAUAAGAAAAGAAUGAUCCCAAUAAUCGUGAGGGUCUCUGACAUCAAUGAUAAUGCGCCGAAAUUCAUUAAUACGCCGUAUGAGACCACUGUGCCAGAGCUCACUCCGGUCGGCUCGACGAUCUUCAAGAAUGUGGAUGCGACCGACGCGGACGUCGGUGUGAACGGGAUCGUCGAGUACUCGAUCGCGCCCGGCGACAGCAGCAAGAUUGGCAGCAACGGCCAAUUCUCGGGUGUCGGACGUGACAGGAUCACCACCGCUGACGGAUACGGCUACUUCAGCAUCAACUUGCCGCACCAGGGACAAGUCACGGUCAACCGCACGCUCGACUACGAGAGGACUCAGCGCUAUCUCGUCACCAUCUUGGCCUCGGACCGAGCGAGGAACGUUUCCGAGAGAUUCACGUCCACGACCACAUUGACGGUGAACAUCCGGGACGAUGACGAUCAAGAUCCAUCCUUUAUUUACCAAGGCUGUAUGCUUUCAGACGGCGCUUGCAUUAAUCCGGAAUACUCCACAUCGGUAUCGAGCGGAGUUCUAUCUGGCAUACUCAAUAUCUCGCCUGAGAAAAUACAGGCAGUCGAUAUGGACAGCAUAAACGCGCCGAUUCAUUAUUCCUUCCUCAGCGGAAAUCCGCCGAAUUACCGGGAUUUCUUCGAGAUCAAUCCUCAGACCGGGGCGGUUAGGCAAAUCAGAGCCGUCGAUACGACGGUAACGAAAAAAUUCGAGACUAUCAUUAAAGCGGUCGAAGUAUCAGAGGCCAAACGCUCGACCACUGCCAAAUUAGCAAUCACCGUCAAGCCGGUUGAUAGCAAUCCACCUGUUAUAACGGCUUCGAGCAUCGAAGGUUUCGUCGACGAGAACGCGCCGAUUGGUACAAAGGUCAUCGAUGCAAGUGGGAAUCCCAUUGUGCUCAUUGUGUCGGAUGCUGAUCUGGGACCGGACGAUCCAAAGCCGGCAUACACCUUCGAGUUGACCACGACCUUUUUCGCGAUCGAUCCUUCCGGCGUUCUCGUCGUGGACGAGGAGAAUCUGGACCGAGAUCCACCGAGUCCCGGCCGCUUCCGCUUCCAGGUGGUCGCCCGGGAGAAAACGGGUGUGGCCGCGUCGUCACCUCUGUCGUUCGUCGUGACAUUGAACGAUGUUAACGACAAUGCGCCUAUGCUCCCUAUGAUGGCACCCAUCACCGUUCAAGCGGGCGAAACGAAGAGACAAAUAACAAAGGUGGAAGCCACAGACAACGACGAGGGAGAAAACGCUGAAAUAACGUAUAGUAUCUAUCACGUAUCGAACAACGGUUUGCAUAAAUUUAAGAUAGAUCCGAAGACCGGAGUGAUCGAGUCGGUGAGAAAAUUGAAUGCUGGCGAGCAAUACAGCAUCACCGUGCAGGCUACUGAUAAAGGUGGCAAGUAUUCACAGACAAUUGUCGAGGUGAAUGUCAUUCCUGGGCCGAAUACCAGGAGCCCGGUGUUCCAGCAGCCGGUGUACGAAGUGCAAGUCAGCGAGGGAGCCUCCAUAAAUUCCACAGUCGCCACUAUCACUGCCAUCGACCCAGAAAAUGAUCCGGUGUCGUACUCGAUAGUAUCGGGGAAUGACUUGCGCCAGUUUGCGAUCGGCGACAAAUCGGGCGUUAUUACCGUUAUAAGGAAGCUGGAUAGGGAGGACCUGACCCGAUAUCAGUUGCUGAUAAAAGCCGAGGACACCGGCGGGCUCUACAGCACCGCAACGGUCAACAUUAUGGUCACCGACAUCAACGAUAAGAAUCCCGAGUUCGUGGGCCUUCCUUAUGAAUUUUCCGUCAAGGAGGGCCAAAAUCGUACAAUGAUCGGCCGCGUGCACGCUGAAGACGCUGACGAGGGUAUCAAUGCCGAGAUCACUUACUCCGCGCCCGAUGACAUUCCUUUUACGGUGGAUCCCGAUACCGGUGACGUCUUGACAAAGAUAGUAUUGGACUACGAGCAGAAUAAUGAAUACAAAUUCGUGGUGACUGCGAAAGAUGGAGCACCCGAUUAUCGUUUGGCAACUGCGACAGUUACAGUGAAAGUCAUAGAUGUCGAGGACGAGGUUCCUGUCUUUCACCAAAGCAACUACGAGGCGCAUGUCAAGGAAAACGUGCCCGAUCAUAAUGUGAUUCAAGUUACGGCCGAUGAUCCGGACACAAAGAAGCAGAUUACAUACGUGAUCAAGGAAGGGGAUACUAAGCUCUUCCGCAUAGAUCAAAAGACCGGAGUUAUACAAACUAUCCGCGGUCUCAAUUACGAAAACCAGAACCAGCAUGUUCUUAUAGUGGGCACCAAAGAAAACACCAGCGACUUGCCAGGUUCCACCACCCGCGUCGUUAUAAACGUCGAGGACGUGAACGACAUUCCACCGGUAUUUACGUCGGUACCGCAUCCCAUUACGCUGGACGACGAUGUCCCCAUAGGAACUACCGUCAUCCAUCUCAUGGCUGCGGAUUCCGAUGGCACCGCGCCGGGAAAUCAGGUUCGAUACGAGAUCAUCGGUCGCGGUAUCGCCAGCAAGUACUUCGUAAUCAACUCCGACACCGGAGUGCUUCAAAUACGAGACGACUUGCGCAAGGAAACCGACUCCGAGUAUCAGGUUGACGUGCGCGUAUACGACAUGGGAGACCCGCAACUAUCGUCCGUGACGACCGUGCCGGUCUACGUGCGUCACGUGGCGACAGUGCCGCCGGAGAUCGGUUUAGGCUUCGCCGAGAACUCGUACAACGUUGAGGUACCUGAAGAUGCGGGCGACAAUACGUUAAUAAAGAUAAUCACCAUCAUCAACAGUCACGCGCACGACACCACGCCGCUUAAGUGUGAAAUUUAUAGCGGCAAUGAGGACGGCUUGUUCGAAGCAAAUGUCACGGAGGAGCGGAAUUGCGCGCUGAGGCUGAAGAAGGGCGCGCUGGAUUACGAGACGACGGAAUUUUAUCAGAUAAAGAUCAAGUUGGAAUCGCUCUCGGGUCUUUUAAACUCGGGUAGAAACACGACGAUGGUGAAAAUCCAGGUGUUGGACGUGAACGAUAAUAAACCCGAAUUUAUUUUCCCGGAGGGGAAUCAGAAACUCUCAAGGGGACGUUACUUCGCCGCGAUUCCACGUAUCGCGCAAUUCGCAUCCGCCGUUAUACAGAUAAAGGCCCACGACAAGGACAACGGCAAAUAUGGUAAACUGGAGUAUAAAAUUCUGGAAGGACGAGGAUCUGGCUACUUCGCCAUCGAUAGCUCUACUGGCAUAAUCAGAACUACAGCGACGUUCGACCACGUGGAUUCGUCCGAGCUUCCCUUCAAGUUUGACGUUCGCGUGCGCGAUAAUCCCAAUUCGACUAGUAACUAUAACUCGAUUGUCGCGUCGGUGAUUGUCAAUCUGAUCGGGGAAGAGAAUUUAAUGAUCCUGGUAGUGCAGGACGCGGCGCCGGACGUUCUGCAAAAAGAAGCUGACAAGAUAUCGAACAUAAUCGAAGAGAUGAGCGGCCUGUUGAUCGGCAUUGAUAGAGUCGCAGUGAGAAAGAUUCUCACAAAGAACGGCACCGUCGAAAUGUUUCCGCAGGAUUCCGAUGUCUGGUUCUACGCGGUCGACCCGGAUACCGAAGCCAUAUUGAAUAGAAACAGCUCCAAAAUACAGAGGUCGAUUAUGGAUAAGUCGGCCAUGUCGAACAUCACUUUUGAUGUAUCUACGUUAGUUCGAGCGAACGCCAUCGACAUUCAUGCACCAGUAAUGCCGCCAGACGCGCCGGUGCGAACGCAAACGGCAGUCGCGUUCAGCGGCGAAGUGUUUCCAUAUGCGCUAAUUAUCAUAGCCUGUGUAAUUCUAAUCCUCGGCAUCGCCGGAAUCAUCUACAUAUGUGUUUCUUGGUCCAAGUACAAGGCAUAUAAAGAGCGUAUGCAACGCAUGUACGUGGUGCCGCGGUACGAUCCCGUCUACGUGGAACCCAAUCUGAAAGAGUACGAGACGCAGGUACUUCAAAUGAGCGUACCAGUAGACGACAACGACAGUUGCAACGAUUUGCAAUUGGAUUUCAGCAACAAGAAUCACGCGUUCAGCCUGGACAACGUCAGUUAUAUCACCAAAGAUCACGGAGACAGUACUGGACAACAAAGUCCUGUUAGCUCGGAAGCGGCUACUACGGCGCGCGCGUCCAGUAUCGCCGGUAAUCACGGCGACACCAAUAUCCAUUCCCUGAGACGGUCCACCCUGGGUCGAAAGAAUCACAGCGCGAGCAACACAAACACUUUAAACAAUCGCGACGCAACGCCGGUAUUGAAUCCCCUGUACAAUCACGGCGGAGACCUACUGAGCCCUAGUCCGUCCAACGACAACGUCACUUUCCGAGAGAGAAAAGAUUAUUCGCAUCUCGGAUUCACGUAUCUCGGCGAGCAAAGCCCCGUGGAGACCACGACGGAAUUGUAAGUCAUAUGAUUCGACAAUAUUCGAAGACUGUCACUGAAUUUAUGUAUUCGAAAGAGAAAAGAGAAAGGUAUAUAACAUCCCAUAUUUUCUAUUUUGAUACCGUAUACACAUACACACACACACACACACACACGAAUAAAAUGUAACUGUGAUGGACGUAAUAUUUUUUUAUAUCAAAGUUUUAUCGUACUUGUAAGAUAUUGAAAUGUUCAAGAUCUGAAGUUUAAUAUAAUCUCGCGCGGAGAAAUCAUAUCGGCGAGUGGCAUCUCGCGUCAUGUCAAGAACCGACAUUGCCUGGUUUUUGUCCGCUCCGCGGGACGAGCGGUAAAUCUCUUUGCAUUUAACACAUACAUACAUAGCGCACGGCGACGAAAGGCUUCUGAAUAAUCGAUAGCACAUAUCGAGCGCGUAUUUUUUUCCAACAUGCUGAGCAACCCCAAAGCGGCAUAUGAUGAGCACGUGAAAGCUUAUAAAUAGUUGAAUAACUUGGUGCCUAUAUAUCCUUCCUUUCAUAUGUCAUCUUCUGAAUGUGUACCGAUGCUUGCAUGCUGAUUCCGAGCGCGCAAUGCAUGUGCGGAAUUCCCGGCGGAAUACAUUCUGAACGAGUUACUCCGCAUGUGAUAUCCAUAAAAGAGAGCAGAGUGAUAUAACGUUCAGAUACAACGCGUGGCGAAACGAGGCCGUGAAAAUAUCGCGCGCGCAAAAGACGAAUGAAGGCGCCCUUUUCGACUACUAGCCUUUCUGUCUGAUUUAUUUUCGACUAUUGCAUUUUUUACGAUGGAACCGAUGAUGCUUUGUCAAUGAAUUGUGAAAUUACAAUUACUUACAUCGCCAUCGAAAUCGCGACGUUGACUAAAUUAUUGUUACGCGUCUGCGACAGCAAGCGUAAUGCGAGAAUGUUGUUGUGCCCUAAUCGAGUCCCUUCGAAAUCAAUCAUUUCGAAGACGUUACAUAUUCUGCGGAGACCCGUGCGAACCGAAUCGCACAUCCACAUUUGCGUUUCAUGUACAUUUUAAUCGUAGAGAAUACAAACGCCACUGCGGGUCGAAGCGUCCAACAUAGACUUAAGAUCACGUUGUAAGUUCGUGCGAACGGCGUGUAUUUGUGAGUGCAUGUCUGCGCGAGUUUUUUGUCGGCUCGCGACUCUGUAAAUGAUCGAUCCCGAUCGCACUGUACUAUAAUACCUGUUUAUUUAUACGCUCGCGUUUGCUCAUGUCACUGUAUUGUAAUCAUAAUUAACUGAGGGCGAUAGUGCAUAUUUAAUAUGCAAAUAUCGCGAGUCGCAGGAAUACUGUAAAGUUUUACGACGAAUAUUACGUUUCUAAUUGCGACCACUCGCUCAUGUUCACACGAUCGUAUUGGCGGUAAUUAAUGACUGCUGUGUGUAUGCCGGAAAAUGCGUCAUCGACGUGUUUAUGACAUGCACGAAUCAUCCGGCGCGGCACAAGUAGUAGCGGCACGUACUUAAUCAGACACGCGUAACUGUCCUCUACGACGCUAUUCAACUUUGUAUAUUGAGUAUAAGCCUGCGAGAGGAUGUCGGGUGAAAUGGCGUUGAAAGGAAUUAGCUAUGAUACGACUUGAUUGAAUGCAUAUCUCUAGUCGUAUAGCGGGCCAUUCCACUGCCGUACAAUUUCUAAGUUGCGUUUUACACUGAAAUAAUAUCUGUGUACGUGUUACAAGUGUUCUUCGAUGAAAACUUUUACUCAUAGUUGUAUAAUAUUUAAGCGCGAAUUCUGUAAAAAAUUGUUAAUACCUAAUAAUAAAUUUAUUAUAUUU